UGCGCAAUAGUAAGUCGCCGACCAUGACGCACUGGAGCGCCUUUAGGCAAGCAGGAUGUCUACAGUUUACACGUAACUAUACGAGCCAGCAGUAUUCCAGAGAGAAAAUAACAAUGUUUUAGUGGUUCCUGAAGUCCCAUUUUGGAUACAAACACAGGCCCACAAAGUGGAAGUGGACUGAGAGAACAGGACGCGCAUUCUUCCGAGAGGCAGUGAUGGAGGAGCAGCGGGAUCUGAACAGCAUGGAUAGCAGCGAGGGCGAGAGCGUCUCUCCAUCUCCCAGCAUGCCCUCGCCGCCCAUACUGCCUCUGCAGGUCGCCCAGCAGGCCCAUAGAACCACUAACUUUUUCAUCGACAACAUUUUACGACCGGACUUCGGCUGCAAGAAGGAGCAGGACCUGGGCCCGCGGGAGAGAGCGCAGACCUCCGGCCGGGACCGCGUCCACCCGGUGAUCAACAGGCCCAGCCUUCCCAGGACACCGUGCCAGGACUCCAACUGCAGCAGUGACAGCACUUCGUCCUCCGCCUCGUCCACCUCUUUGACGACGGCUUCCUCCGUCUGCACUGGGAGCACUGGCAUGAAAAACGAGGAGAGGACUGGCGGUGGGGCUGGGGAGAACACUUCCUCCUCUGUGGUGGUGCUGAAUGGCACCGGGGCGCCCACGUCGGAGAGCCAGCCUCUGCUCUGGCCUGCCUGGGUCUACUGCACCCGGUACUCGGACAGGCCCUCAUCUGGCCCAAGGACACGGAAACUGAAAAAGUCCAAAAGCGGCAAAGAGGACAAGCGACCGCGCACAGCCUUCACAGCCGAGCAGCUGCAGAGACUGAAGACGGAGUUUCAGGUGAACCGCUACAUCACGGAGCAGCGGAGGCAGUCUCUGGCCCAAGAGCUCAACCUCAACGAAUCCCAGAUCAAGAUCUGGUUUCAGAACAAGCGGGCCAAGAUCAAAAAGGCCAGCGGCUUCAAGAACGGGCUGGCGCUGCAGCUGAUGGCGCAGGGACUGUACAACCAUUCCACCACCACCAUCCAGGAGGACAAGGAGGACAGCGACUGAGGAGCCCGGCCCACCGCGGAGGAGACGGGACUGUCUGCAGCGCUGUCCUCCACACACCCUGUAGCCUACGUGUAAAUAGGCCUAUAUAUCUAAUUUAACUAGGAGGCUGGGGAGGGAGAGCUGAGCGGCGCUUCUUCACAACUUCUGUCCAUCUCGUUCUCCUCCUCUUCAGAAGUGACUAAAGAGCAGAACAGAAAAAGAGACGUAAGACUCGGAUUGACGUGCCACCACAAAACCAAAGAUUUUGGAGAACAGCCUGGAAACCUUCACAGACAAACAGACGAAUCAUCUCCAUUCCACAGCCACGAUAAGACACCGCGAGCUGAUCUGUGCGCAGUUUUAGUUCACGUCCCUGCAGCUCGCGGUGUCCUGGCUGUGCUCAGCCACAGACACCUGCACACACCGGUUUCAGAAUACUUUUGUUUGGGCUGUUGUUCUUCUGGACCAACUAAGAACUGUAUUAAUCCUAUGGUCGAUUGUUACAGAGAUGUUACAGCUACGAAGCACGUGAUGACACCGUGGAAACACAGAAUCAUGGUUUUACUUUAAAAUCACUUCCCAGCCACAGGAAAUGGCUUCAGCAAUAGUGUACAAAUAUUGUGUUAUUUUUCACUUUGACAAUACACAGGCAACUAAAUAAAUGAAGUAAAUGAAUGACUCUGUAUUCUCCCACCAGAGUCCCACACAUGGAAGUGUGAAAGGAGCUUUGACACAAUGCAGAAAAUGUUUCAUACAGAAAAUACAAAGGCUAUACGUAAUUCAAAAGAUAAAUAAAAUGUGAACAAUCUAAAUAUUUAGUGGGGGCUAGCGUUGCAUAUGGUGCUGGCCAUCACCACAAACACUACACUAAGUCCUCCUAAUUCAUCUUAACGUUGUAAUGAUUCUGCUCAUUGUUCCUAUAAUGUGAGAGAUGUUCUGUUCUAACUAUGCUACAAGGCAAACGCACAGGUCAAGACAAGCCCAUGUUGUUUCAGGCCUCACACUAAUAAGAGCUGUCAUAUGGAUUCUGGUUGUGUGCUACUAAAUAGACUUGUGAUUUUAAAGUGAUAUCACCCUUUUAGCAUCUUUCCAGAAUUAGUUUGUAUUGUUGUUUUCUAUAACCUGACAUUUUUACUGACUACAGAAUUACUACAGUUCUUACCGAGGAUAUAUACACAGAGGCUUUAUAGGUUACUGUAUAUAUGCCAAAUCACAGACGGAUUUGGCCCCUCGGCACCUGAUUUCCUCUGGUGUUGUCUCAUUGUGACAGGUGAAGCUGCAGAGACCUGUCGGCCUGCGGGCACAUAUCACACAGCAUCAGCCUGUAUGAGAUCUAUGUCGGCGACUCCCCAGGAAAAAGCA